UCCUAGCACCUUCAUCUCACUCCCAUCUGACUGACAGCUGCAUUUUAAGCUUUCCAUCUUCAAUCCGUCCAUUUAUUCAUUCUUCCGCCUCUGUAUCAUGCCUCCAUACAUCCCGGGACAGCUCCAGUCGCUACCCGUCUUACUUGCACCUCAGGAUGCGAUGCUAAUCACCGUCUUCUGCGGAUUAGGCGCGCACAUAAUCUUUAAGAUAUGGGAGCCUAUGCAAUUCAGACUUGUCUCGGUGCUGCUGAUUAUUUCUCCUCUGCUCCUCUCUACACUGUUGAUCCCCCACUAUGGAGUCGUGUCGAGCAUCCUUCACACCUUUUCCAUCUACUUAACAACCCUUGCGACAUCCAUCAUUGUUUACCGGCUCUCUCCAUGGCAUCCUCUCGCCAAAUACCCUGGACCCAUCCUCGCAAAAAUCACGAAGCUGCACCACGCCCUGAUUGUCCACACGGGCAAGCAGCACCUGCAUAUCAAGAGCCUGCACGAACAAUAUGGCGACGUCGUCCGUAUCGGUCCCAACGAAGUGUCAAUCCGCGACGUCUCGUGCAUCCAGCCGCUCAUGGGCGCGCAAGGCCUUCCCAAGGGACCGGGCUGGAACGCACGUGGACUGUUACGGCCUAUUCCAACCCUGGUCGGCAUCCGAGACCCUGCCGAGCACGCUCGACGCCGAAGGCCCUGGAACCGCGCUUUCAACACGAACGGAAUCAAGGAGUUUAUGCCCGCGGUUCAGAGCCGUGUGCACCAGCUCGUAGAGCGUCUGGGAGAGCGUGAGGGCCAGUCCAUCGAUCUUGCGGAAUGGUUUAGCUUCUUCACGUAUGACUUUAUGGGCGACAUGAUCUUUGGUGGAUGGACGGAGAUGAUGCGCGACGGGGGAGAUGUAAAGGGGCUGUGGCAUUGCGUGAGGGAUGGGCUACGUGCUGGCUCCAUUCCGGAGCAUGUGCCCUGGAUAGCUUACUAUGCGAAGAAAGUUUCGAGCGUAGUUCGCAAGGCGUUAGAGUUGAGCUACAUGGGCGACUCUCGCGCUCAACAGCGGUAUCAGCAAGGCUCGACAUCCAAGGACCUUUUCUACUACCUCAGCAACGAAGAUGGCUCAGAGAAAGUGUCGCCUUCACCCGCUGUUGUUACCUCCGACGGUGUCCUCGCGCUCGUCGCAGGUUCGGAUACUACGUCCAGCGUCCUCAGCAACCUGUUCUACUGUCUUCUGCGCAACCCUGUAUCAUACAAGCGUCUGCAGGAGGAGGUCGAUAAGUUUUAUCCACCCGGAGAGAACUCGCUCGACCCCCGUCACAUCAACGACAUGCCAUUCCUCGAGGCUGUCAUCAACGAGGCGAUGCGUCUCUACCCGGUUAUCCCGAGCGGUAGCCAACGUUCCCCGGAGAAGGGCAAAGGCGGCAAAGCUGUCGGCCAAUACUACAUCCCCGAGGGCAGCCAAGCACGCAUCCACUUCUGGUCUGUCUUCAGAGACCCGCGCAACUUCUCGCACCCGGACACGUUCUGGCCGGACCGCUGGCUCAUUAUCGAGGGUCUCCAGGAGUCACCGGAGAAGAUCACGCACAACGCGAACGCGUUCAUCCCCUUCUCGUUCGGCCCCGCGAACUGCGUAGGCAAGAACAUCGCACUCCAAGAGAUGCGCGUUGCAGUGACACACCUGAUGCAGAAGCUCACAGUGCGCUUCGCAGACGACUUCAACCUGGACGAGUGGGACAGCCAGAUCGAGGACCAGACCGUUAUGCAGCUAGGCAAGCUGAAGGUCGUGGUCGAGCGCAGGGACUGAAAUUGUAGCAUGUACCGAUGUAUAUACUGGGAAGGACGCUGAGCUUCGCCUUCGUGGCGUCCGGCAGUGCUGAUAUGCUUUCCUCCGCACCGCCCGGAGUUGCCCUUUCGGGGCCGUAGCAUGUUCCUGAGUCUUAGUUGGAGAAGUGGAAUUUGGUACGGCAUUAGUUUCGAAUCAUUUGUCGAACCCGCAUGCUCGCCGUAUGACACCCCUCCCAUCCCCUCCCCCGGGAGAGUCAACAAUCUUUAAAACCAGGUGAGGGCGUGUUAGCGUCGCUGUUCCACGGAGACCGAGUGUACUGAGAAAGGCCAAGGUCGAAAAUAGCCAUAGAACCGCAGUGUUAUGUCCUUCGUACACUAUUAGGCCAUAGGAAAAUCCUCGAAGGCGCCCUGCCCGAAGCGGAAGAAGCUAAUGGUUCCAGCGUCGACGACAGCAAUGACAGCCAUUUUCUUUCCCGCCUUCAAAACCGCGAAAGGGUUGACCUUCCUGUUUGUCGGUGCACGCACCGUCGGAGAGAAUGCCCAAGAGAACAGCCGCUCUAUCAGCGACUGAGAAACAGCAGUGCUAUCGCCUUGGCGGCCGACAGCAAGGGGUGCUGGUUUCUCUGGAAUGACUGUUCGUUUUCGAGGGGCUGGUGGAGGAAGCUCAGGCAGAAUGUCAAACAAGUCGUUGAGCUCUGUGAGUGAUGGCAUCGAAGUCGUCCUCGCACUACGAUACAAGCUCCCUCAGCC